AAAAAUCAAAUUCGCACUUCCAAGGUUGCACUGGCGGGGAAAGAGUUUUGGCGUGCACCAAUGCGCCGUCGUGCAGCCAGUCAACCACCAAUCCCAAGAGCCGAUCAUCGGCCCUGCAGUGCUCGUGGCUCCACACCUGCAAAAGCGAGAAAGGGCAAAGUUGUCUGGCGAGCGAAUAUCUCUGAAGCUCUCGCGGUCCCAGUUCCAUGCGAAUACUCGUGCAACGAAAACAGAUCCAAGGUAGGAUGAGCAAUAUGAUUUCCUACCGGCCUCCACAGCUGAGCCUUCACUGUUUCUCUGUAGCUCAAUUGACCGGCUGAAGCUAUUCCAACCAACGCUAACUUGCCUGUCUUUAUCACUAGGUCUGCGUCAUUUUCGAGCUUUCCACCCCGCCGUUCCAUGAAGUAAUUUCUCGCACACACAAAAUACCUGCCUGGGAAAGUCAUUGAACCCUUUCGUUGCUCUGCGGGAGCCGGUGGAAGUUUUUUCUUUAAUAUAAAUUCAAUCUCCACUCCAGCCCAUUCUCGAAAUGUUGGCAGUUCGUGCUGUGACCCGCAGGGCACACACCAUUUCUCGACUUUCGACAACCUCCAUUCGAACUCUCCCAAAAGCCGCAGCUUCCACAGCACUCUCCCAAAGACGAGCCUACUCAGCUCCAUCCACCGACAAUCUUUCUACUCGAUCGACCGUUGUGCAACUCCUCAGCAACAUUGGCUCCAAGAGAGAGGUUCAGCAAUACUUGUCUCACUUCACAUCCGUCUCGUCGCAACAAUUUGCGGUUAUUAAGGUUGGAGGAGCUAUCAUUACUGAACAUCUCGAAUCUCUCACCUCUGCCCUUGCAUUCCUCAACCAUGUUGGACUUUUCCCAGUGGUUGUGCAUGGUGCUGGACCACAAUUGAACAAGCUUCUGGAAGAUGCGGGGGUCGAGCCCCAAUUUGAGGAGGGGAUUCGCGUAACGGAUGGAAAAACACUGGCUGUCGCAAGAAGGCUCUUUUUAGAGGAAAACCUCAAGCUGGUCGAGAAAUUAGAGGAGAUGGGAGUUCGUGCUCGUCCUAUUACCUGUGGUGUAUUUGGUGCCGACUUUUUGGACAAGGAGAAAUAUGACUUGGUUGGCAGAAUCAACAAGGUCAACAAGGAUCCAAUCCAGGCCGCCAUUAACGCAGGAUGUCUGCCAAUCUUGACCUCCAUGGCCGAGACUCCAGAGGGACAAGUUUUGAACGUAAAUGCGGAUGUUGCUGCUGGAGAGCUCGCUAAAGCUCUUCAACCAUUGAAGAUUGUAUACCUUUCCGAGAAGGGUGGACUUUUCAAUGCCGAUACCAAUGAAAAGAUUUCCGCAAUCAACUUGGACGAGGAGUAUGAGACUCUCAUGUCACAAUGGUGGUGCAGAUACGGUACUCGACUAAAGAUCAAGGAGAUCAAGGAUUUACUUGAUGGUCUACCAAGAACGACCAGUGUGGCCAUCAUCCACCCAGCUGACCUUCAAAAAGAAUUGUUCACAGAUAGUGGUGCUGGAACACUUAUUCGACGAGGAAACAAACUGAAUACCAUCUCAAGCCUGGGAGAGUUUACGGAUAUUCCAAAAUUGAAGGAUGUUCUUGUCCGAGAUCGUGAAGGCUUAGAUGCUAGAGCAACCGUCGAUCGAUAUGUGGAUGGACUCAAAUCUCGAGACUUCAAUGCCUACUUUGAUGAUGCUAUGGAUGCUUUGGCAAUUGUCUCACCUCCUUCCGCAUCAACCAAACUUGCCAAUCUUGCUACUUUCACCAUCACCAAAUCUGGAUGGCUCACAAAUAUCGCGGAUAACGUCUUUGCAGCAAUCAAGAAGGAUCACCCCAAACUCGUUUGGACUGUCAAGGAGGAUGACGAAAACCUGACUUGGUUCUUUGAUAAAUCUGAUGGCAGUAUCUCCAAGAACGGAGAGGUCAUGUUUUGGUACGGCGUUGAGAGCGGCGAUGAGGUCAAAGAGCUCAUGACUGAGUUCGUUAGACAUGGUCGUUCGAUGCUUGGCGAUGCAAACCUGGAAGCACGACUUCACAGAGCCGCUAAGGAGGCAUCCAGUGGAUUAUCUGCCCAUAGCGCACCACAAAAGCAACAAGCGCGAGCUUUCUCGACUUCUGCACGCCCAGUUUCAAACGCUUUACGUAGAACAUUUCCCCGGAUUGUUUCAGCAACUCGAGGAUAUGCAACUACCACUAACCCCAACCCUCCGUUUGGCAACAAAAACUCGUCAAACACUCAACCUGCAAGAGUUGCUCUCAUUGGUGCGCGAGGUUACACUGGUCAGGCCUUAAUCUCGCUUCUCAACUCCCAUCCUAACAUGGAUCUCCGUCACGUUUCUUCCCGUGAGCUUGCGGGCCAGAAGCUCAAGGGUUACUCCAAGAGGGAAAUUACCUACGAGAAUCUGUCACCAGAAGAUGUUCGCCGCAUGCAAGAAAAGGGAGAGAUUGACUGUUGGGUAAUGGCACUUCCUAACGGAGUAUGCAAGCCUUUUGUAGAUGCUGUCGAGGAGGGUAAAGGUCCAGUCAACAGUGUUAUUGUUGAUCUAUCUGCCGACUACAGAUUCGAUAGUAAAUGGACCUAUGGUCUUCCCGAACUCGUGACAAGAUCGAACAUCGCACAAUCUACUCGUAUCUCCAACCCAGGAUGUUAUGCUACUGCUGCUCAGCUUGGUAUUGCCCCAUUAGUACCAUUCCUCGGUGGUCAACCAACCGUCUUUGGUGUCUCUGGAUACUCGGGUGCCGGCACAAAGCCCAGCCCCAAGAACGACGUUGACAACUUGAAGGAUAACAUCAUCCCCUACAGCUUGACCGAUCACAUCCACGAGCGAGAGGUAAGUAACCAGCUCGGUGUGGAGGUGGCAUUCAUCCCCCACGUCGGCAUGUGGUUCCAGGGUAUCCACCACACUAUUAGUAUCCCCUUGAAGGAUACCAUGUCCAGCCGCGAUAUUCGACAGCUAUACCAGGAGCGAUACGCUGGUGAGAAGUUGGUUAAAGUCUCGGGCGAACCACCGAGUGUCAAGGCGAUUAGUGGGAAACAUGGAGUAGAGAUUGGCGGGUUUGGAGUGCAUAGUUCGGGGAAGAGAGUCGUUGUUUGUGCGGCUAUUGAUAAUUUGUUGAAGGGGGCUGCUACGCAGUGUUUGCGUAAGUCUGCUCUUUUUCUUUUCUCCGUCUCUCACUCGAACCCUCUCCCUUUUCCCCCUGAGCACUCUCGCUUUUUCUCCUUGGGUGCUUGUUUUACUAACUUUUGUGGGAUUGUAGAAAACAUGAACCUCUCCCUCGGUUUCGCUGAGUACGAGGGUAUCCCACUGGAUUAGAUUCCAUAGUGAUGGGAAAGGAUGGAUGGAUCAGUUGCUGGGAUAGGAUUUUUUGAUAAAUCAUAAAAGUUGUUUUUUGCCAUUCUAGGUAGGCUUUGUGGGGUGGGAGGUGCGAUUUGUUGGUUUGCUAGUUACUGUACAUAAUUUUAUAAUGUACUCCAAGAAUACUUUCUCUCUCUUUUGCAAACUCGUGGGGCAUUUUCGGAACGUGCUUUGAAUUUACUACACGGUCUGGGGAGUGUAAGAGGGAAGGGAGAAGUCAAGGCAGGUAGGUAUAGGUAGCUAUUAUGGAGAAUCUGAAUCUGAAUCGCUUCCGUGUGUACUGGUAGUUUCGAUAUUUGAGAUUCGACAGUCGAUUUGAGUAUCAUGUACAACGGUGUAAGUGGAUAAAGCGGGGUAUCCCUACAGUACAGUCCCUUCGCAAAAGUAGCAAGAUGUUUCGCAACGUGUGGGAGGGAAAAAGCACUUCACAUAUAAAAUACCUUAUAAAAUACCCUGCAACACACUAGUAGAUGGCCCUUGUUUCUUGCUACUUUACUUUUGCGAAGGGGUUGUCAUGUACAAAUUCGUGUACCUUACACAUUUGUCCACUCGCACCCUCGAGUGCAGUUCAGUAACCCCAUUUCCGUGAUAGAGUAGAUGCUGAUUGGACCAAACCAAAAAGAAUUGGAAAAGAAGACUGUGACUGGCUGGGCGGGUUCGGGUAAGUUUCCCCUCCCUGGUUGAAGUGCAGUAGUGGGGGAGGAGAAGAGGGGGAUAGGUAGGGAUGGGAUGAGAUGCGACAACGCACCGCACUGCACCCGGCAUGCGGGGAAGGAUGGUAUAUUAUAGCAUCAUCUCAUAACACGGGGAGAAUUCUGAUAGAGGGGAUUGGAUAUUGAACUUUAUCUUUUGGUGUCUUUUGUUUUGGGUUCUUUGAAGGGGUCUUUUGAGAAAGGGAUUUAUUGGAUUCCGGGUUGUGGUUUUGCGGAGUUUUGUACUAAGUUAAGUUAAAAAGUGUGUGCGGAAAGUGGGAGAGGGAAGAGGAAAAGAAAAGGGAAGAAGGAAGAAUAGGAGGAUAAGAAGGAAAGGAGAUAUGGCGACACAGGAAAAGGAGAAGGAGACGAUGUUGCAGUGGUUGAGGGGGAAGAGUCGGGUUGAUUGUGAUACGUUGGAUGUUGAAGGUAUUUUUUCUUCUAUUUUGAUUUCGAUUUCUAUUUUUAUUUCCUUUAUUCCUGAAUACGUCUCGUUCGAUCGAUCGGUGUUGUAUCUUCGCGUUACUUUUUUCUAUAUGAGCUAUCCUAAACUUCUUGUCUGUACGAAUAAACUCAAACAACCAAACUAACCUCCUACCGAAAAUUACAGUAGCGAAAUCCCUAGGUCCUUUUGUGGAUUGUACUUCGAAUCAGGUAUUUCCUUUCCUUUCCUCUCCUUUCCUCUCUCUCUCUCCCUCUCUCACACGCUCUCUCUCUCUCUCUCUCUCUCUCUCUCUCUGGUGGAAUCUCGUGGAAUUUGGAAUACUGAUAAAUCCUAGGCAAUAGCAUACAACGAACUCCUCAAACCGGUUCAUGCGGGUCUGAUCAGGGAAUCCGUUGCGUUAAGUAGGGAACUUAUACGUGCUGGGACGUAUCCUGGGGUUGGGGAGAGGGAGUUGGGGGGGGAGAUUGCUGUACGUAUUCCCUUGAUCUUCUGGGUUGUUUUGUUUUCUUUGAUUUGUGCAAAUCGACUUUUAGGGAGAGGCUGUUCAGAAGAAGAAGUUCAAACUUCAAUUUUACGCACGAUGGCUUCCUUUUUGGGGGAAGAGGCAAACGAUAUAACACCAGCAGAAAGGAAGAUGACGGGAUUAUCGACAUGACUAACGAGGAGUAUAGAUGCUUAAACUUCAACAUAUGAUAUACCCCCACAUAACAGGCUACAUCCACAUCCAAACCAACCCCCGUCACGCAAACGAUACGGAGAAAACGAUAUCAAACGCUAAACGUACUUCUUUCCUUCCUCUUCCCCUCUCGUUCCCCUUCUCCUCUCCCCCCAAACACCCUCCAUCGCAAACCGACAACUAACAACACCAGGACUUAUAUCCCUCUCCCGAAAGCUCUCCCCGGCAAUCGACACCAGCCGAAUCUGCAUCAAGAUCCCCUCGACCUGGGCGGCGAUCCAGGCAUGUCGGGUGCUUGAGAAAGAAGGCAUUAGUACCCUUGCCACGACGCUGUUUGUGAUGGAGCAGGUGCUUCUUGCGGGCGAGGUGGGGUGUCGGUAUAUUGCGCCGUAUGUUAAUGAGUUGAAGGUGCAUUUUGAGGAGGGGUAUGUUUUCCCCCUCUCUCUUUCUCUCUCUUUGACGCACUUGACCUGUUAUGAAGUUCUGCUUUCUUUUUUCUGUUUUUUCUUGAUGUUUUGGGCGUGAAUACCAAUGAGAAAGGAGAAGAAAAGAAGCGAGGAAACAAACUAACAAAAACCAGCUUCAUCGACAAACGCAAACACAAAGCCUCCCUCCUCUGCCUCGCAGCCCAAAACCACUACUCCUCCACCAACAACACGCGCACACAAGUCCUCCCCGCAAGCUUGACACACAUCGAUGAGGUGCUCGCCUUAGCUGGCGUGCAUCAUAUCACCAUCUCCCCGGCUUUACUUCUUGAGAUCGCGCAAACUGAUGUUGAAGAGAAUAAGGUGGCUAGUUUGUUCUCGGGAAAUGCACAUGUGGAGGGUUUUGAGACUGGGGAGGGGAAGGGUGGGGUGUAUGGGGUG